AAAAAAAUAGAAUUUCGUGUUUUAAUCUAUUUUAAAGGAAAAAACAAGCCCUGCAAAUUUUUAUUGAAAUAAAAGGUGCAAAAUGGAAAAUAGAAAUUGCCUCAAUGUAAUUUUAUAAAUAAAGGGAAAUCAUAGAUUCGAUAAAUAUUUGAAUUAUAAAUGAAUAUCAAAUAAAGAAAAACGAAUGCCAUAAUAUUGUGUACAUUUGUGACUUUUUGCUUCAUUGAAUCAAUUUAAAAAAAAAAAAAAACUAUUGCAGAAAAAAUACCAUUUUAAAAUAAAUCAAUUUACGAAAAAUUUUGUAAAUAGUACCAGAUAGAGGAGGUGCAAAAAAAAAACACGGAGAAAAUCAUCAACAAUAAGGAGAGUGCUUCAGAGAAACCAAAAGAUGGAUAACUUGUUGAAAAAUAAAUUCUUGUUGCUACAUAAAAUAAAAAAAAAGAAAAGACAAUUGAUAAUGCUAAAAUUCAAUGAAAAAAAGCACACAAAAAUAUUGUCACACGCUUCAGGAAGUCAAAAUUGAAUGAAAAAAUACUGACAGAUAAGAAAAUACAAAAAAAAAUAUUAUUCAUUUACAAUUAAAAAAAAACAUGGAGAAAGUGCGACAGAUUUUUAAUAAAAAAAAUGAGAAUGAAUAAAGCGAAAAAUAUCUUGUUUGCUAUUUUUAUAAAAACCUCUAGAAAUUUGAUUUUAAGGAUUUUCAUGCCCAAAUUGUCUGCUAAACCAUCCUUCUUGCUAUUUUAUAUUCUUACAUGAUCGCGUGAUAAACUUUUAAUACACAUUCAAAAUCCAAUACAACCCCCCCCCCCACUCGAAAAGCUCUGUGGUGCUUUUCCCCCCGCCAAAUGCACGACAAAAUAAAUUGACGAAAAGCCAUGGAAUAUUUUCCGAAAUGGUGACUUCUUCACAAGAAUAAACUCUCGAUGUCUCUCCAAAGAACACCCCCAAAGCAAUUUCCUGCCGAUUUAUUAUCUUUUUCCACUGAACACCAUGGAAAAGUGCUGCUCUUUUUUUUAUUGAAAUUACCACCGGAAGUCAUGAUGAUUUCCACAAGGAUGCCCCAAACCGACAAAAGGAUAAAAAAUCCACUCUAUUAGAAGGUGCUUUAUAGGAAAUUUGGCGCGAAAAGCGGAGGUGUGAAAAAUGAAAGGAGAAAAAUUAUUGCAAGUCUUUUGUCGAUACAACAAUGAAAAACUCCUUUUUUUCCCACCCAGAAUGUGGCUUUAUCGUCAAAGAAAGCACAUCGCGAGGCAAAUUUGAGAAGCUUACGGAGCUUUCAGUUGAGCGCGAACUGAGAAAGAGUCCAGACGUGGCCUUAGAAUCAUCCGCGAAAUAAAUCCCUCAAUUUGUGCCUUCACAGUGUCUUCUUUUUCAAAUGAAAAGUGACUUAAAGCUGCCUUUAGACUCCCCGAAAAUAGGAUUUUCAGUGAAGUGAAUACGAUGGUGAUCCAAAAGAAGGGUUAAGAACCCUCCAGAAACCGUAAAAUGACUGAGAGUUAAUUGAAUUUCUAAUAAUGUGAAGUUAUCUAUUGUGAUAUCAGACGAGAUUGACACGUCAAAAGGGAGAAGAUUAUGAGACAUCUCUGGAUUUGUGCAAUCUUCUCGAUGAUGUUCCAGCACUCAAGCACCAUCAAUUCUCGCCUAUUGAAGCCAAGCUUUUCCGUGUCUGACGAUUACGACAGGAAUAUGCGACCAAAUACUCUCACAGAAGUGUCUAUCUCCUUACUCGUCAAUAGAAUUUCUGGAGUAGAUGAGACUAAAGAGGAAGUGUCUUUUGAUGUUUUCCUGCAGAUGACAUGGGAAGACAUCCGUAUCCGUCCGGCUCGUCUCGAUGAUGAGGAACUUCGCGUAAAUGGCUUUCUGGAGCUUACACUCGAGGAGCGAAAUCGCAUCUGGAUUCCUGACUUGUACAUUCGGCAGUUGCGUGAGAUGAAACUAUUAAAGCUCUUUGAGGAAAUUUCAAGUCUCAGACUGUAUGGAAACAGCACAAUAAAUCUUCGCAUUGGCGCAACAAUCAUCAUCAACUGUGACAUGAAUUUCGUCCUCUAUCCUCUCGAUGUGCAAAAAUGCCGUGUGGAUUUUAGUAGUUAUAAGUAUCCCGUGAAAGAUAUGACUUUCCGGUGGAAAAAGGACAAUCCAUUGACCUUUCCACAUGACUUCGGAGAUGGAUUCUUCCGCUUGCCACGCUACGUUGUCUCCUUCCUGACUGAUCCUGAACCAAAGAUCAUCAACUACGGCGACGCGGAUCAUUGCUCAGCCCGCCUGGAGAUCACGCUGUCGCGAGAAGUGAAGAGCUAUCUGCUGGAAAACUAUCUCCCAUCGACGCUGUUUGUGUCCAUGAGCUGGGGCAGUUUUGUGGUUGUCCCAGAGAUUGUUCCUGGCCGAAUGGUUCUACUGGUAACUACACUACUCUCACUCGUGACAAUGUUUGAUACAGUGCGAAACAAUUCUCCGGACGCCCUGGAGCUGAAAUGCAUAGAAGUGUGGCUGAUUUCCUGCACACUCUUUGUCUUUCUGGCUCUUAUGGAGUACUUUAUUGUGCUCUUUGGGAUUCGCUAUGACAAACACUGGAGGACAGCCAAGACAAAAAUCACCAUCAGCAGCCCAUCUCCUGUGCCUCCAUCGACUCUUUCAUCAACCGGAAGCCCGAGAAAAAACGGCCUUGAGCAUGCGAACAGGAUCUUUGCGACAGCCGCCAACAGAAUAUCCCCAGAUGAGCGUGGAAGGGACCAAAUGCCUACAUCAACAGAGGACAUCACUUCCCUUCCCAAUGCCAAUCCCAACAUGCUCCAUCACAAGCGGAAAUUUCGCAACGUAGCCGAAUACGCUUUGCUCUAUGCCGGUUCUCAGCGUGGACGCUUGGAUCAGAUCUCCCUGAUACUCUUCCCCAUAAGCUUCCUCCUCUUCACCACCAUCUACUGGGUGCUGUAUCUGAGUGAAUCUCGCAAGAAAAUGUGAUAUAUCCUGCAUCUUGUCCACUUCAUCCUCACCAAGUGACCAUGAAAAUGCCUUUUUACAAAAACUACAUCCUUCCUCUCUGCAGCUUCUUCAGCGAACUAGCCAUGAGUGCGUUAUACGAGGUUUUUCCUAACCCUUCAUUAUUAAUUAUUAAAAUAAAUAAUAAAAAUAACUUAUAUUUCUUCAAA